CGGACACUGAGCGCACUGAGCCGCCGCAGGAACCGAGAGCACCGUAAACACAAAAGAAGCGUUUCCAGGAACUUUCCAGGAAUACAGUCACGUGACACCGAGAGCACGAUUUAAGUACCUGUUCUGUCCGGAUGUAGUGACGUUAACCUCCGCUGCGGCAGGUGGCGCUGUGCACUUUUCCCGCCCCUGGUUUAGUCCGCCGUCACAGAAGAAGAGCAGAGCGCGGGUAGUUUGACUGUUAGCUCGCUGCUACAAGCUAAGGUUCUGCUGCUGGUUCGGUCGGUUCGGUUCGACACGCAGCGUCAUGGAGUCCACAGAGAGCCGCUUCGCUCACCUGCUGCAGCCAAUCAGAGAGCUCACCAAGAACUGGGACAUCGACGUGGCCUCAGAGCUCAACGACUACUUAGAGGAGUUGGACGAGAUGUGCAUCACGUUCGAUGGAGGAAACACCAGACUGAACUUUGCUGAAGCAGCUCUGUUGAUUCAAGGAUCAGCCUGCAUCUACAGCAAGAAGGUCCAGACACAGAGUUGGAAGCUGCUUCACAGUCUGGUCUAUACAAACUUUGGAUGUACAUCAACGACAAGAACAGAAUUCACUCCGUUAGAACCUCGACCAUCCGAAGACUCACAGCAGACCGACUGCACCACGGUCAUCUACAUCUGUCUCACCCUCUCUGAACACAGUCUGGACUGUCUCACCCUCUGUGGUCUGUCCCUGUCUUUCAGUUGUCCAGUGUCGUCUCCUCUCCAUCCGCAGUCUCUGAUUCCUCCUGAAACUACAGAGAAGAACAAACUUCCUCUCAUCAGUGUUAAAGGUGAGGUGCUGUGCAGUCUGAAGGACUUCAGGUUUAACUUGUUCGUCCCCGGAGAUGAAGACCUGAUCAUGCUCGGAUCAGCUGCUGCCAGACUGCUGUCGGACAAACUGAGUGUUGACUCUCCGCAGCAGAACGACGCCGCGGUGCCGCCUCAUGCUGACGUUGGAGAUAACGGAGGCGAUGCUGCGGAUCACUUCCUGCCUUUGGAGGACAACAACAUGGAGCUGGACCAAAACCUGGAGGAACAUGUGGACCGGCACCAGGCUCCAAAUGAAGGACGGAUGAUCAGAGAGAGACGUCAGGUUGUGGAGGACAAACUGAGGAGGAAGGAGGAGACGACCCCGGCGGUGAACGUGUGGGCACUUCAUGACCCGUACGCCGUGCUCAGAGAGGACAAACCCUUAAAACCAGGGAAGUGUUACAGAGUUCCUGACGGUUUGGACGACGGAGGAAAGAGGAAGAGGAAACGAGCCGCCUCGCUUCAGGACUUCAGGAGCUGGUUCAGAGGAACCUUCGAUCCUCCAGAGCACAAAUUAAAAAAUGGACCCACGUCUGCAGAGCUGAACUACAUCUACCUGAGCGCCAUGAGGCAGAAGCUGAACGCCAGGAAGAAGAUCUACAGGAGAGCGGGCGUGGUCGUCUCUGAUGAGGAGCUGUGGCAGACCUUCCUGCAGCCGGAGGAGGCGGGGCCACAGCAGCAGGAGGAGGAGCCUGUGGAUGGAUUCAGACACCCGGACCAGCUCGGUGGCGAUGACGAGAACUCAGACAACGAACACGAAGCGUUUCCUGACGACAUCCCAGCAGAGUUUGUUGGAGCAGACUUCAUCUCACCAGACGUUCAGAGAGACGAUCUGAGUUAUGAAGAUCUGGUGAAGCUUCGUGUGGAUCAGCUGAUGGUGAACUGUCGUGGUUACACUCAGGAGACGGCGCUGUCUCAGAGAGUCAAACAGUGGGAGGACAAGAUCCGACCAGAACUGGUUCUACAGGAGGAGCGCCCGGCGUUCGACAUCCAUGAUUACGGAGACCGGAUCGUGGCGGCGCUGAGCGGCGUUGGUCGCCGCAGAGCGUUCUCCUCCAUCGUCGCCGGUUUGGACAACUUCGAAGCGUGCAAGUUCCUGCUGGCCUCGCUGCAGCUGGCUAACGACUACACGGUGGAGGUGGACAGCGUGUCCGGUCUGGAGGACAGCGUGGACUCGAUGGGACUGACCCUGCUCAGCACCGACAGAGCGACAGACAGAUUCAAGACGCUUGGCGGCGUCCACCUGAACCCGUGAGCUCGUUUAGACCGAGGUUAACGAGUGCGUCCUGUUAACGAGGACGUGAUGUCACAUGAUGAAUUUGUAAUAAAACUUAAUAAACUCUGAACGAACA